AUGUCUUCACAACAGGUUCAGAGCUGGCCUGCGUCGCUUUCGGGGGUUACUGAGGAUGUUGAACUCCAAUCCUUAUCCCCAACUAGGUCCUUCCCGCCGCUUCAACCGCUACGCCAGAAAACACCUCAAGCCGGAUCUGCAGUAAGUGUCCCCCCUGUCCCUGCCUUUCCGGUCACUACUUUUGGUCCCCCCACAAAUAAGGGUCCUCGUACCCAUUCUAAUACAUCAUACGCCCCAUCUCCACUGCAGCCUGAGUCGUCCUCCCAACCUGAAGGAUCUCAAACCCCACUUAUAGAUGGCUCAGAGUCUGCCCACCCUUCAUCCGUUCAACAUCCUACGCCGCCGCCGUCCUCGUCUCUAAACAUCUCGACCCUCCUAAAUACCCCAAUGAAGCCGGCGCAGUUCCCUCUAUUGCGCUCAUCGCCGGCAGCUGGCACCGGGAGCUAUGGAGCUUUGCCUAUUACUGGUGGCGGUGAGAGCAGCUAUGCUGGAAGUUCACUUUCGACUUCAACGGCGUCGGGGGAGCACGAUGGAAAGGAUAGCGACCAAGAAAAUGAGGGGCGCGGACUAUUGGAGGAGCCUGCAAUAAAGGGACGAAGUAAAAGAAAGGCAAACGUCACAACUUCCGCGGCUUUAGCACAUGAUCCGGCCCCGGAGGGUAAGAAUGUCGUUACAGGGUUCCAUGGUAUUGAUGGAGCAGAAGAAGAAGAAGGCGCCACCGUCGAGAGCGACGGGGAAGAUGAAGAGGACGAAAACGAUCCGAUAGAUAACUCACCGUACCCUGAAGUCCGCGCUUCAGUACCAGCCACUGACGACCUGUCGCUCUCCAUUAAUACGCCACGCAUGUGGACUCUCUCGAUCUUGUUUUCGCUUGUUGGCUCGUCUACGAACUUGUUUUUCUCGCUACGAUAUCCGUCAAUCUCAAUAACACCUGUUAUAGCGCUUCUUUUUGCGCAUCCACUGGGAAAGAUAUGGGACCAACUGUUUCCGGAGCCUGACGCUUCCGCCUGGGAUGGGGAGAAAGGAAAGUUGGGCAAAUUAAGACUAUGGCUGGGGCAAGGACGAUGGAACCGGAAAGAGCAUUGCUGCGUAUACAUAUCUAGCAAUGUCUCAUUCGGGUUCGCAUUUGCUACAGAUGUCAUAGUCGAGCAGACAAAAUUCUACAAGCAGGAUCUUGGGAUUUGGUACCAGAUUCUGCUUACUCUAUCGACUCAGAUCCUCGGAUACACCUUUGCAGGGCUCACGCGACAGUGGCUGGUCUACCCCGGUGGGAUGAUCUGGCCGGGAACACUCAUGUCCACUGCGAUGUUCACAACACUACACGGCGAGGAAAAUAAGCCUGCAAAUGGGUGGAAAAUCUCUCGGUGGAAGUUUUUUAUUGUGGUGUUUAUUGGCGCAUUUACCUGGUACUUUGUUCCGGGGCUCUUGAUGCCAGCACUCAGUUAUUUCAAUGUGGUCACCUGGUUCGCACCGAAGAGUGUGGUCGUUGCUAACCUGUUUGGGGUGGCAUCGGGCCUGGGAAUGUUCCCCUUGACCUUUGAUUGGGCGCAAAUUUCGUACAUUGGAUCACCCUUGAUGACGCCCUUUUGGGCUGCUGCCAAUGUCAUCGCUGGUCUGAUCAUCGUCAUAUGGAUAAUCGCUCCAGUAUUAUAUUACUCGAACGUUUUAUAUUCAGGCUUCAUGCCGAUUCUUUCUAGUGUAGUCUUCGACAACACUGGUAACGCCUAUGAUGUGACCAAGGUUUUAACAGCAGACUACAAAUUCGACGAAGCGGCUUACAAGGAAUACAGUCGUUUGUUUAUGCCCAUCACAUAUGUAUUGUCUUACGGCCUUCAAUUCGCAGCAUUGACUGCACUGGUUACACAUACCUUCUGUUGGCACGGGAAAGAUAUCUGGAGACAAUGGGGACGUGUAAGACGCGAGUAUAAUGCAACAAGGAACGCAUCAUCUCCAUCGAAUACUUCAGGAGUCUACGCGCCUAUACCAGAGCCCAGGAGUCGUACUAGUAGAAGAACAAGACGGAGGAGAAGCAGCUUGAGCGAGCAGGAAUGGGAUGAAGUCAUGGACCGUGAAGAUGUGCAUAUGCGUCUCAUGCGGCGAUAUGAGGAAGCCCCUACGGCCUGGUAUUUGAUCACUUUCGUUACCAUGACGGCAGUCGGGAUGUUCGUCGUCGAGUACUACCCCAUAUACUUGCCUUGGUAUGGGCUGUUGCUGGCGUUGGGUGUAUGCACGGUGUUUUUUAUUCCGAUUGGAAUUGUCAUGGCGAUUACGAAUCAGCAGAGCAGUUUGUUUUUGGUCUGUCAGUUGAUUUGCGGUACGCUAUUUCCAGGUUUACCAGUUGCGAAUAUGGUCUUCGUUACAUACGGUUAUAUAACAUCUACUCAAGGUUUAAAGUUCGCCUCUGACUUAAAACUCGGGCACUACAUGAAAAUCCCACCCCGCCUCCUGUUCAGCGUGCAGAUGGUCGCAACUCUAGUCUCUUCACUAACCCAGAUUGGUGUCUUGAACUGGAUGUUCCGCAAUAUCUCUGGAAUCUGCACCCCAGAAGCCAUGCACGGUUUUACAUGCCCUAUUGCACGUGUUCACUUCAAUGGUAGUAUUCUCUGGGGUGUCAUAGGGCCACAGAGAUUCUUCGGCGCCAAGGAACUUUAUAGACCGCUUGUGUGGGCAUUCGUUAUUGGGGCCGUAGCACCCCCAAUGUUGUGGGCAGUUUGGAAGUGGACCGGAGGCAAGAAAGGAAAUUGGGCUUGGCUACGGAAAGUCAGUUUACCGGUAGCAUUUGGAAGUCUAAGUUGGAUUCCACCAGCCACCGGUCUAAACUUUUCUGCCUGGGCAAUCGUUUGCUUCAUAUUUAACAAUUACCUCCGUCGUCACGCUAAUGCCUGGUGGGGUAAAUACACCAUGACAUUAUCCGCUGCUCUUGAUGCCAGUCUUGCUUUUGGCCUCGUGGUUAUAUUCUUCGGAUUCGUUUAUCCAGGCUGGAUGGAUGGUUUCAAAUGGUGGGGGACGGAGAUCUACAAGGGUGGAUGUGAUUGGCAGGCGUGUUCAUUCUUGGAUCCAAAGGGAGAGAACGGAGGAAAGUUUGGGCCGAAGGCUUGGUAG